AUGUAUAAAAUUACAGAAUUUAUUGUGUAUCUCUAUAUAAUAUGUGCUGCCAAUGGUGAGAUAGUAAGAGAAAUUUCUGUAAAUAUUGGUAAAAACAUUACAAUACCAUGUCUUCUUCACCAGACCAGAGAUGUUAUGUGGGUGAGAGAAGGCAGAGAAGAUCAGCAGCAUGCCAGGAUGUCUGUGCUGGAAAAUGGAGCUUUGUUUAUCUCUCAAGUUGAUAGAAAUGACACUGGUGUAUAUGCUUGCAGCAGAGAAAAUGUUGUCAACUCAGAUGUUACAGCAAAAGUAAAACUGACAGUAAGAACUCCUCCACCUGCAUUGGCCAAUGUAGUUGUAAGACCUAGUACUAUUCUAGCUCUUCUGUUAUGGGAAGUUGAUGGUACUGGUGGAUAUCCUAUUAUAAAUUUUACAGCGCAAUAUCGACUAGGUUUUACCAAUAAUAGUUGGAUACCAAUCCCGCCUAAUAAUAUUCCACAAAAUUCCAGACAAAUUGAUGUGUAUAAUCUUAGUCCCAAUACAACAUACCAAUUCAGAAUUUGGGCGACAAAUCAAUUAGGAAGAGGUGUCAUAACUGAAGUGUAUGGUACUACACUAUGUGUAUAUACAGAACAAGAGCUUGCCAGAUAUUUCCUAGACAACGCCGAUAAGUUUGAUACAACAGUUUGGGCUAUCGCAGUAGGAAUUGUAAUGGGUACCUUGGUUUUGCUUGGAUUAGGUACUUGUUUUCUUCUUUAUCAAGAAUGUAAAGUCCCUGGAGUCACGUUUUCCCUUAUCGACAUAAAUAGCUUAGUCAGUAAUUGGCUUCAGUUCGCUUUAACUACAACCAGAUGUGAUUAUAUAGUGCUUCGUAUUACACGAGUUUCAAAAGAGGUGUUGCUUGAAAAAGCCUUGGAAGAAGCUAAUAAUGAGGAAAAUGAACAACUGGAGAGUAUUGAUUUGUGUAUUCUGCCACCAAAUUUGGAUGAACUGACAGAUAAUGAAGAACAUGAUGAUGAUAUUCUAGAAGAUCCGAAUUACAUUCCAAAUGAAAUUCCUGGAAUUAUAUAA